UGGUAGUUUUAUGGUUCCGUGAUGUUUACAAAAGUAGUAAAAAAUGACAAGUUUUUUCAGUAAUUUUGUUAUUAUUACGUUUUUCGAUAUAAAUUGGACGCGAGAACUACAGAUAAAUUCGUGUUUUUACGUGUUCUAGUGAAUUAUCAUGAACUCAAUUGAAAAUGAAAAUCAAAACAGUGCGUCGGAGUUCCCCGCCGCCAACGAUACUGAAGAUGAACGUUCUUGGCGGGGCGUACCUAUGGACUCCAUCUACCGCGGUUUGGAUCGGUAUGAGUUGCGCCACUUUCCCGAGAUUCGUCCAGCAGAGGAUCACAUUGUCCUGUUCAACUUGCCGAUAGAUCCCAAUGGAACGGAACCACCAAAACCGCGCCGAGCAUACAGCAAGUGGGAUGCGAAUCAUGUGCGGCUACCAUGCUCCCACCGUAGCCAGUAUCCCGUCGAACAUGAAGAUGGCAGUACGACGCUGGAGAGUCGUUGGGAAUUGGUACAGAAUGCCUUGCUGCAACCGAUUAGUAACAGCAGGGAGCUGGAGCGAGCUAUUCUGUCCUACAAUACUAAAUAUGCCAGUAGCUGGAAGUUUAAGUCGCUUCACAAGCUUUUUGAAGACGAUUUGGAAGAGGAGGAAAGUGCUGGAUUUUUCGAGUGCACAUUGCCAAAGAUGAUACAACUGGCGUUGUCACUGCCGGAUUUGAUUCCCGGAGCUAUUCCAUUGCUGAAACAAGGUUGCAAUAAGGCCAUUUCAUUGACCCAGCAGCAGGUAGCAUGUCUGCUAGCCAAUGCAUUCCUUUGCACCUUUCCGAGGCGGAAUACCCAAAAGAAAAAGUCGGAGUAUAGCUUAUUCCCGGAUAUAAAUUUCAAUCGGUUGUUUCAAUCCAGCGGCCAGUCGGUAUUAGAGAAGAUCAAAUGUAUCUGCAACUAUUUUCGGCGAGUUUGCUCGCGAAUGCCAUCCGGAGUGCUCACAUUCCGAAGAAGAUAUAUUAGCCCAAAACAGUUCAUUGACUGGAGUAAUUGCAAAGCUGUCAUAGGAAGGGAUACCGUUCCAAUUCACAUAAAUUCCGAAGGCACGAUCGAGGAUCAAGGCAGAGGAUUGCUGCAAGUAGAUUUUGCAAAUAAAUAUCUUGGGGGUGGAGUGCUUGGUCAUGGAUGCGUUCAGGAAGAAAUCCGAUUUGUCAUCAACCCUGAGUUGUUGGUGAGCAAGCUGUUUACGGAAGCUUUAAAACCCCAAGAAGCUCUGCUGAUGAUGGGAUCGGAGCAAUUCAGUGAAUACAAUGGCUAUGCUUCAAGUUUUACGUUUGCUGGAGAUUUCCAUGACGAAACGCCGAGGGAUGCGAGCGGUAGACGAGAAUGCUAUAUUGUCGCUAUUGACGCACUGCAUUUUGUGCAGAGUAUUCACCAGUACAGGGAAGAAUUAAUGCUCAGGGAGUUGAAUAAGGCUUACGUUGGGUAUUAUCAUCCAUUGUCGACACCGCCCCCCGGAAUCGCUACGGGAAAUUGGGGCUGCGGAGCGUUCGGUGGAGACGCCAAUCUUAAAGCGAUGCUGCAAUUGAUGGUUUGUUGUGUGCUCAGUCGCCCCUUAGUGUAUUACACUUUCGGAGAUAAUGAAUUGCGGGAUCGAUUCUAUGCAAUGUAUACAUUUUUGGCCAACAACAAAGUAAAAGUCUCGGAAAUUUGGAGAUCGUUAAAAGAUUUCCUAAGACAUAGUCUACCGCCCAGUAAACUGUACGCCUACUUCUAUCAAGAUUAUUACGAUAGGAAAAGUAAGCACCCCAGCCCCAAUUGCAAAAUGUUGAAACCAAAGGAGAGAACUCCUGAACCGAAAGCAAAAAUCGCUGUUUCCGUUGAUGACGAGUUGAACGACGAAAAUCUAGCAAACCUAAUGACGCACCUGGUGGACGAUGAAGAACAACCCUGCUCCUCGAUGGCGCAUGAUUUGCCCCAAAAGCCUACCUCGAUGGCAACACAAUCGCCAAAGAAUGCCUCCUCUCGGGUAUCGCUUAUUGCCGAAUUAGAUCGAAACUAUUAUUCCGUUGGACCAGGCCCGGCAAAGAAGCUGUGCCCUUCCAAGUCCCCUUGCCCAGUGAUGGAAAAUGGAAAUGAGGACGAAUGUCUGGCGAAAGAAGAUUCCGUGCGAAUACAGAUUGAGGAUGAGAUAAAGGUCCACGUGCAGAAGCAGAGCGAUGCUAUCGGGUACGAGUCUGAGAUUGGAGAGUUCGUCGAGGACAGCCCAACGGAAAACACACCAAAACAACGCAAAACGAUAUCGGAUUACUUUUCCAAAAGUGGUAAGUGACUGUUAUCGCCUCGAGCUGCGCGUUAUUAUAAAUUGUAUGUUGAUUUGAAAAUAUAGAAACAAUGUUACUAUCUGCAAAA